GGGGUUGAGGUCCAAAGUCCAAAAGAGAGAACAUGGAGAAAGAGAGACACAAAUUAAUGUUGAGACUUGAGAGGGUAUAUUAAUGUUGAGAGAGAGAGAGAGAGAGAGAGAGAGAGAGAGAGAGAGUGGCAUAUUUAUGUUAGACUAGAGACAGCGGAGGACCAACUCAACUGAACUCAAGACCCCCCUUCCCCUACUUUCUCUUCUCUCUCACUCACCUGUCAUCCCAUUUCAUUAUACAACAAAGCCACACACACCCCAACACCCUUUCUCCUCAUUACAGCAAAUAAGCGUUUGCACCUGUCGGAUUCCUCUCUCUCUCUCUCUCUCUCUCUCUCUCUCUCUCUCUCUCUCUCUCCCAGUCCCUUCCUUUCUCUCUCAUAUACCUGUACUUCAAAAAAAACCAAGAAACAUCAACAACAACUAGCUACCAACAAAAACAUCACAAUAAGCUGUCCAGUUCUCGAUCAGAUGGAUUGGGAAAUGGAUAGCUUGAAAGAGGCGUAAGAGGUGAAUUUGCUCGAUCUGUUGAUAUAUCAUUGCGUUAUGGCGUCGCAUCAGCAUUAUCGAUCGCCGUUCGGUGACACCACGUACACGAAACUGUUCGUCGGAGGAUUGGCUUGGGAAACGCCGGCGGAAGUAAUGCAGGGUUAUUUCGAGCAGUUUGGGGAGAUUCUCGAAGCAGUCAUUAUAACCGAUAAGAAUACGGGGAAGUCCAAGGGAUACGGAUUUGUGACGUUUCGUGACCCGGAAUCGGCAAGGAGGGCUUGUGCUGAUCCGAACCCUGUUAUUGAUAGUAGAAGAGCAAAUUGUAACAUCGCUUCACUGGGCCGCCCUCGCCCAUCUCCUCCUAGAGGUAGAAAUCAAGGAGGGAAUCCGUAUCAGGGCGGUGGAAUAGGGCAGGGAGCAUCAUCAUCAAUAUCUUACAGUGGAGGAGUACCACCGGCACAAUUAGCUCCACCGGCACCACCACCAGUUGUACCGCCUGUCAUUUAUCCACCAUACGGGUAUGCAACCUACCCAGCUGAUUACGGGUAUCCACAAGCUUUCUAUAACCCACAACUUCAGCAACCGCAAUACUACCAGCAACCGUACGGGUCAUCAUCAGCCAUGGGGUCACCAUAUUUUUACGGAUAUUCCGCGCAACCUACAAGGGGAACAUUUCCUGCACCCCAGGCGCAACGUAUACAAGGCCCGUCUUAUCUGUACUAUCCUACGCAGAUGGAAGGGUCCUUCCCCACCUUUCCAUCCCCUCCUCCUCUUCGUCUACCUUCGCAAUAUACACAACAAACAAGGCUUUCCCUUCCCUCUCCCACUGAUUCAUCACAGACUCCACAACAUACCUCAACAGAAACAGAAGUUGCAGCCAUGACUAGUACUUCAGAAAGUCCCAAGACCUAAGUGGCCGGAGAAUCUCUUCCCGUUUUACAUGGGAUAUAUGGCGAAAAAAAAGUCUUCAAUUGUACAAUCUUUGACCAAUUGAUAACCUAGUUUCUCUCUCUCUCUCUCUCUCUCCCUCUGUCUUACCCGAUCCAUUCUUUUUUUUUUUUUGGUCCAAAGUCAUAAUGCCCAUUUUUUAAUUACUGUUGCUCGAGCCCAAAAAAUUGAGAAUUUCUUUCAUUUUUAUUCGGAGUACUCAUGUUUCAACUACAGAGGGUUUAACAUUUUAAUUUCAUGAAUGUAUGGACGGACGGGAAUUUUUCUGCUCCUGCAAUAAAGCAUAUUUGUCGAUAAA